AUGGCUUCGCUCAGGCAGGAGCACCACUAUGGGCUCUCCUGUGGAAAGACUAACAAAAACAGCCCCAACAUCACGCUGUACCACGUCAAGCUGACGGACUCCGCUAUCAGAGCGCUGGAGGCUUACCAGAAUCUGAAGGGAGCCUUACCAAAAAGGGGAAGCAGUGCCAUGGCAUCUCACUCUGGAGCCGAGGAGGCCGGGACAAAAGACAGCCUGUUUUCAGACGGCCAUUACUCAGGCUGCAGAGGAUGUGGAAACAAUAGCCUGCAUGAGAUCUACACCCAGACCUCACAUUCACCCAAAAGCUCACAGGAAACAUAA